CUUGUCGGUACACCACCAAAAAGUCAGCCAGUCAAUCGGUCGGUGGUGUUAUUCCACGAAAACCCCCCCCGCACACACAUUGUGGAUUCAGUGGUCGUGCGAAGUAGUCGUGUUCAUAGUGAUUUUAAUUUGCUUCUUUUCGGUGUCCGAUAAGUAGGCCUUGCGCUUAAAUAUUGCCGUUUAAGUUGCAACAAAGAGCCUACCUUGAUAAAAGAUCAUUCAAGUAUCCCGAAAACGGCACCCAAAUGAGCUCCUUUUUCGAUCUAUUCGAUCCGACGGCGUCCUCGUCGGAACACGAUCUCAAUGGCAAUAGCAAUAGCAGCAGCAUCAGCAGUACCAGCAGCAGUAGCAACAAUAGCAACAGCAACGAAGACGACGACGAUGACAUGUUCCUGUCGUACGAAGAACUGCUGAUCAAAAACUCCAACAGCCAGAAGCAGCCGGUUUCGAUCCCCCCUCGGUUACAGAACCAUCAACCGUUCGUACAGCAGCAAUGCUCACCCUGCUCGCCGAUGAUCGAUUUCGAUCUGGACAUUCUUCCUCCGGAGCCCCAGCUGGGCAACAUCGAGUACAAACUGAAGCUAAUCAACCCUUCCAAGCAACGAUUCGAGCACCUGGUCACCCAGAUGAAGUGGCGACUACGUGAAGGAAACGGCGAAGCCAUCUACGAGAUUGGAGUUUCUGAUUCCGGACAGCUGCACGGAUUGAGCGAUGCCGACAUGACCUGCUCGCUGCACACCCUGAACCAAAUGGCUCGCAAGUUGGAUGCUUCGACGUCGGUUCUCCGGCGGAAAGCACUGAGUGCUGGCCGCUCGGUGGUUGAAGUGCUGGUCCGGAAGAUUCCCGACGAUCAGCACAACAUUGAAGUACGGGUCGCUGUGCUGGGUGGAGCCGAUGCCGGCAAAUCUACCCUCCUUGGUGUGCUAACUCAGGGUGAAUUCGACAACGGCCGAGGACGGGCACGACUCAACAUGUUCCGACAUAUGCACGAAAUUCAAACAGGGCGAACCUCCUGUAUUUCCCACGAAACGUUGGGAUUCGACCAGCAGGGCAAUGUAAUCAACUACAAGUACAAUGAAAUGAUGACGGCCGAGGAAAUCAGCGACCGAUCGACAAAAUUGGUUACCUUCAUGGAUUUGGCUGGACAUCGACGCUACCUUAAAACGACGGUACAGGCCCUCUCCGGAUAUUCACCCCACCACGCUCUGCUGGUGGUCGGUUCCGGAAGUACAAUCAGCAACAUGACCCAGGAACAUCUUGCCAUCGUACAUGCCCUCGAUAUGCCCUUCUCGAUUGUGGUCACCAAGUGCGACCUGAUUCCACCGGACGACGUUCUGUUUGAGCUGAAGAAUCUACUGACUGCCGUUGGCUAUCGAAAAGUGCCAUACCUGAUAACGAACGAGGACGACGUGCUGAACGCAAAUGCGCACCAAAGCGUCGAACAGAUUGUUCCCAUUUUCUGUGUUUCGAACGUGACCGGCGACGGGCUGGACCUGUUGACCAAGUAUCUCUACGUUCUCUCUCCGGGCAUCAGCAACUCGGAGAAGGAGCGACUCGAACAAGAACCGGUCGAGUUUCAAAUUGACGAAAUUUUCAAAGUGGCCGAAGUUGGCCUAGUGGUCGGUGGGCUCCUAUGCAAGGGAGUGAUUACCGAAAACAUCCAGGUACGGAUCGGACCGCAACUGGAUGGAACUUUCUUGCCAGUGACGGUGCAAACCAUCCAUCGGAAUAAGGCGCCUUGCCGGGUGGUUCGCGCCGGCCAGAGUGCGUCGCUGUCGUUCUACCCCGGCGAGGAUAUGCCUCCGCUGCGCCGCGGUAUGGUGAUUCUUCCCGACUACGAGGAGGAAGACACCGCCUACGGGUCGUACUUUUUCCAGGCCCGCGUAUCGGUUCUCUUCCACGCCACCAGUAUCUACGAAGGCUUCCAAACGACGAUGCACAUCGGAAGCAUCCGACAGACGGCCGUCAUCGUGGGCAUCAUGGGCCAAACGGACGGAAUCCGCACGAACCAGACGGCAUCGGUGAUGUUCCGCUUCGUGCGCCACCCGGAGUACGUGCGUCCGGGCAUGCGGGUACUGUUCCGUGAGGGCACCAGCAAGGGAAUCGGAAAAGUGACGCAAGUAUUUCCGCUGAAUCAGAAGGUAAAUUGAAUUGGGUGGGAAAGGAUUUUCGGGGGUACGUUCCGAGGAACGUAUCACAUUUCGGAUGAAAAGUCAACAACUAGUUAUAUAUUUUUUUAAAACUGACUUAAAAUUUGUGUAAAUAGCAGCAAAAAAAUUAAAACUGUGAUUUAUUAAUUUUAACUUAGGUUCUAAUGAGAGAAAGACAAAAUUCAGUUAAUGCAGUUUUACGCGUGCGGAAAACGAUUCGACUGCGCAAUAAUGAUCAGUACUAGUACUAUUAUAUCCUAUGAAAACAAAAUUGUCGUUCAGUACCUAUACUUAGCAAACGCAACUCUUAAUGUAUGGAUUAGAGCUUUGGGAAUUUUGAAUUCUGCACACUCCAAAGACUUUGCGAGACGUGCGUGUGUGUUUAUAAAGUUUCGAAUAAAUUCACAGAGUAAAAACCGA